AUGGUCUCCAGUUCUAGUAGAGUGCCCUGUGUUACAGAUUGCAUUGACCUUCUACUGACCCUGUGCCAAAACGCACUAUACUCAAGUAGGGUAGCUAUGAAUCUGUAUUCUGCAUCAAAUGUUCGGAGAAAAAGUGAUUUUCGGGGGAUUGGAUGUUUUAAUGUCUCAUGGAGCUGGGCUUCUCGGAUCAUUUCCAUAUACUUGUUCUGCCUCAAUUUUGUUGCAGAUGCUCACCCUGAUCCAUCUUUUUCACUUGCUUAUGCAUGUGAAGAUGUUCAAAAUUAUUUUGCUGGUGUGCAGCAUUUGAGAGGUGAAGCACUGAAGGAAAAAUUAUAUUCCAUAAUUGCCAAGCAUCAAUCCAUCUCCUACAGAGAGGUGUGGGAUGCAAUCAAGAUUCUUGACGCUGCUGAUGUAGAUGAACCGGAAGCUUCACCAGCAGUUGUUGAAAUUUACUCUUUGAGAGUUGUCCCAAAGCUCUUAGCAGGAAAACCAGAAGGAUGGAACAUGUAUUUAACAAAGGUUUCAAUGGGUACUAUCUUCUGGUUUGUAUCUGAUGUCCGGCUCAGGGUAAGGUCUGAAGGGUUUAGAAGGUUACCUUCCAAGAAGGGUUUGAAAGGUCCACUAAAAGUUCCAGGGGAACAUUUAUGGCCUCGCUCUUAUGGGUUGAAUAAUGGCUCGUCUGUAACUGAUCUACAUAAUAUUCGUCCAGCAGAUGUGAAUGUGAAUUCAUCAAGGGGUAACAAGUACUAUGGAGAGUGUGAUGUUAAAUCAACUACAUGUCUGAAGCCAGCAAACAAAGAAGCUUCUUCUGGCACAGAAACUGACAAGAAGAGAUGGGCACCACCUGUGGAGGUUUUUUCUUUUCUAUCUUUGUCAUUUUUCAUUGCUUAUGUCCUUUGA